AUGGUCGCCCUCCCCUUCUUCCCAAUAUGCUUCCAAUGCGGCACCGACCAGAAUCCGUGUCAUUGUAAAGUCGUUGGUCCGACGUUGGGAUUCUUUGGGUGUGUUGUAGCGGGUGUAAUAUGCUGGCCAGCAUCGAUAUUCUGUGGCUGCACUGCAACCCAGAUGGGGAAAGAUUUACUUGCGUUUCCGGUCAAGUUGAAUGGGGAGAUCAGUGAUUUUAUCCCUAUCUGA